AUGUCUUCCUGUGGACAGAUGCUUAGCUCCCGCUGUUCUGCGCCAUGCGAAGUGACGUGCCCGCAACCAUAUGUCAACUGUUGGAAUGAACCAUGUGUCAGCUCAUGCGCAGAUUCAAGAGCAAUCGUGUACGCGCCACCCGUUGUCGUGACUUUCCCAGGACCCAUUAUCAGCUCGUGCCCUCAGGAAAGUUUUGUGGGAACUGCCAUGCCUGAAAUUGAGGGAGGAAUGGGCUCCGGAGGUGGAGGAAUGGGCUCCGGAGGUGGAGGAAUGGGCUCUGGAAGUGGAGGAAUGGGCUCCGGAGGUGGAGGAAUGGGCUAUGGUGGGGGCUCAUAUGGUGGGGAGGGCUCGUGUGGUGGUGGAAUGUCCCAUUGGGGAAGCUUUUACCGAAACUCACUUUUUUCAGGAUUUGGUAGAAAUUAUUUCCCCUUUUUUUCCAGAGGGUAUUAUAGGUAUCGCUAUGGAAACUCUGGGCCAUUUUAA